GUCUCAGUCUCGGAGGGAUUUUCUCCCAUUUCCUUCUUGCAUGCAAUCGUCGACGGUCGCAGACAAGACCGCGCAUUUCGCUGCUGGGUUCCUCUGUCUUGGUCGUGCAGUAAUCUUCAUCGGGUAGAGCUAGAAUCGGUUCUUGAAUCGGUCGCGCCUGCUUUGGGUCGCGGGCGAUCGGCGUACCCAUUUGAACUAACUUGAAGCUGGCGUUUGAAAAGAAUGACCUUUUGAGAUUCUUGGAUUCUUCGUCGACUUCGACUGACUCGAGCUAGGAUCGGUUCUUGAAUCGGUCGCCCCUGCUUUGGGUCGCGGGCGAUCGGCGUACCCAUUUGAACUAACUUGAAGCUGACGGUUGAAAAGAACGACCUUUCGAGGUGAGAAUGGAUAUGGAGAUCGAAUCGAAGCACAAAUCAGAGUGGGCUGAAGCGCAAAAGAUUCAUAUUAGUGUGGACCUGGAGGCUGCAGCCAAACAGCAGCUCAAGUUCCUCGCGGCUGUUGAUCGGAAGCGUUUCCUCUAUGAAGGUCCUGCUCUGCAAAGAGCCAUUUAUAGAUACAAUGCAUUUUGGCUUCCUUUGCUUGCCAAACACUCAGAGUCCCAACUUGUUGAAGGCCCGCUGGUUGUUCCUCUUGAUUGUGAAUGGAUAUGGCAUUGUCACAGGCUCAAUCCGAUCCGAUACAAAUCCGACUGUGAGGAUCUGUAUGGUAGGAUCCUUGACAACUCUGAUGUUGUAUCUUCUACUCAAGGCACUUGCUCAAGGCAGACUGAAGAAAUCUGGACAAAAUUAUAUCCAGAAGAGCACUAUGAAUUAGACUUAGCUGCAGCUUUUAAAGAAGAUAUUUCUGAGAGGAUUCUAGGGCUUAAAAAAUGCACUGCAUAUGAUUUGGUGUCAGCAGUUAAAAGACAGAGUCCUUUUUUCUACCAGGUUUCUAGGCCCCAUAUGAGCCAUGAUGUCUUCAUUGAAGAAGCCUUGGCCAGAUAUAAAGGGUUUCUUCAUAUUAUACGAAGAAACAAGGAGAAGUCAAUCAGACGCUUCUGUGUUCCCACUUAUGACGUCGACCUCAUGUGGCACUCUCACCAGUUGCAUCCUGUUUCUUAUUGUGAAGACCUUAUUAGGGUGCAUGGCAAAGUAUUGGAGCACGAUGACAUGGACUCGGACAGGUCUAAAGGACAGAAGUUGGAUAAUGGGUUUUCUGGAACUACAAAUCAGUGGGAAGAGACAUUUGGUAAAAGGUAUUGGAGGGCUGGGGCCAUGUACAGAGGAGGCACCCCAAGUCCAGUCACUCUUGUACCUUUCUCAUCUAAGAGUAAGAAGGGCAAUGACUUGUUUUCAUCAGAUGAAUACCAGAAUAUAGUUCAGGUUCCAGAUGUGAAGUUUGUGGAGGUACUCUUGGAGUUUGCUGGAGUUAGAGGCUUGCCAGAGAGCCACAAGGGGAGACUUUCUGUCAUAUUUAGUAAAUCACAGCCAGACUUGUUUUUCAAUGCUAAACAAAGACUAAGUAUUUUCUCAGAAUCUGGGGAGAAAAUGGUUGCUUCAUUCAAUUGUGAACCCAAAGGAGAGUUGCUCUUUGAACUUGUAUCAUAUUGUCCUUCCACCUUACCCAUUAAAAGAAAGCCUAGAGUUUUGGGCUCUGCCUCACUCUCUCUACAGGAUUAUUUGGUCCCAGUUUCAAAACUUUCUGAUGAGAAAUGGUUGGAGUUGGUGCCUUCUUCUGGCUAUGCAGGCUUGGAAUCAAUGUGCUUGCGAGUUGGCUUUUCUUUUACAGUUCCAAGCCCUGCAUUGUAUGCGCUCCACAUGGUUCGUUCUCGGCCAUUCGCUAAAAAUUCUUGCCUUUUCCCCCUAUCUGGAAGGACUCAACGUGCCAAAAGCUGGACACAUAUAAUGACUGAUGCUGGUACUGAGGUCAUUACUCUUCAAAUGAGGAGUUCAAAGAAAGAAAGGGGGAAGGACAACUUGACCCCUAGGAAGGAGGUGAUUGGAAUUACAGCAAGUGGUGAAACAUGUACGGUGGCUGAGUUCAUGGAGAAUGGAUGGUCUUUGCUAGGUUCUCGUUGGUCCCUUCGGUUUCAGAAAUCUUCCUGUGAAAAUAGCCAUCUCUGCAUGCUGAUAGGUGAUAGAGUGGUGAACAUUUAUCCUGGCAGAAAACUGGAUUAUGAACCAAAACAUCAUGGGACGCAAAAGACAGAAAGAGAUUUCGUGACUGCAGUUGAAUUCUCUGCUGAUAGUCCAUAUGGAGAAGCAGUAGCACUGAUCAACCUGAAAUCGGGAGUGGUUAAGGUUAAGGAAGAACCACUUUUGUUGACUAUGGUGGUGCUAGCUUUUGUGCUUUCUGAUAUAAUGGAAAACGAAGGAUUUAAGGGGCUACCUGCUACGGAGGACAAUGCGGAAGCAGACAAUUUGUUUACGAAAGAAAGCGGGCUCCAGGCGGUAGGCAAAGAGAAUGUCACAGCCUUUCAGGUUGAAAGUCAAGUUGAGCUGAAUGGUGAUGCAGUCAAAGGGGUUGAAGAAGUUCCAGCAAAUUCUCUUUCAACUGCCAGUGGCUGUGGUAGCGGCUGUGGUAGCGGUUGUGGUAGUGGAUGUGGAAGUAUGGUGAAGAGUGGUGGUGGUGACAGCGGCCGCGGGAGUGGGCAAGGCAACAUGGUAGAGAGCAGUGGCUGUGGCACUGGCUGUGGCGGUGGCUGUGGCAGUGGCUGUGGCGGUGGCUGUGGAAGCAUGGUAAAGAGCACUGGCUGUGGUGGUUGCGGUAGUGGCUGUGGCGGCUGUGGUGGUGGGUGUGGAAACAUGGUGAAGAGCAGUGGUUGUGGUGGGUGCGGCGCUGGGUGCGGCGGGUGCGGUGGUGGUACAAUGGUUGCAGGGUCGAGGCAGCAGACCUAGUCAAGAGCGGCUCUGAGGUGGGUGCUGUGUUGAGUUUGCAUUGCAGUUCUUUUCCCUGCAACUGUUAACUCAUGGAAGGGCACGGCCACAGGGAGGUAUUCCUACAAACAGAUGAGGUCAAUUCCGGGUCGGCAUUUCUGAAUUAUGUCGAAGGAAUCAACCGUUAUAAUGAUUAAUCAAAUAAAAGGUGUGGAAAUUUCGUUACAGAAAGCAAAAUCAAUGUGUUGAUUGAUUCCCUCUCUGGCAAAUUGCUUUGGCUGUGGAGAAAUUCCAUAAUGUUCUUGAGUUUGCAACAUCUCUUGUUGUAUAUAUACUAUUCAUGUUGUGGACUGCAUCUGUGAGAUGUGUUGUUUAUUGUUCUCUUCAGUGAAUAAAGCUCCUUGUCUUUUU